AUGUCGAGCCUUCUGAACACAGUUUUAUCGGAGGUGGGCUGGGACGAGCGCUUUGCGAUCCCCGAACCCAGCGCUGAAAACAAGGCUCUGAUAGAAGAGAUCCGUAGAAAAGAGACAGAGUUGGAGCAGCUGGAGAACAAACUCGAGAGAAACAAGGAUCAAAAGGAGAUCAUGACCGAUCACCUCAAACAUGUUAAACAACAGCUGGAAAACACUGAGACUCUGUGCAGGGCGAAGGAAAGAGAAGAAGAGCUGGAGAAACACCUCACAGCCCUCGCAGAGAGGGAGACAGGGCGCUUGGCGCAGGAGACUGCUAAGAUGGAGAACAACCUGAGAUCUUUAGCAGAGAGGAGGAACAUGCUCGAGAACCACAUCUUCAAGGCCAACCAGAAGCUGGAGGAGUUCAGGACCCAGAGGAACUGGGACCAGCAGACCAUGGACGCCUUUUUAGAGGAGUCAGCACGCAAAGAUGAGGACAGGAUGGCCAUCAUCAAGUACGCCCAGCAAGACGAGCAGAGGAUCAAGUCGCUCACUCUGGCUAUAGAGAAGAAGACACUGGAGGCCAAUGACAAGCACAAAGCACUCGACAAAGAGCUGACUGAGACUGUAUCUGCACAGGUCGCUUUGGAUAAAACUACAGAAAACCUGCAGCAGGCCCACGUGGAGACACAGCAGCUCAUCCACCAAUGGGAAAACACCAUCAAGCAGAUGAAGCAGCGGGACGCUGAGAUGCAGCAGUGUGCGCUGCAACUCGCCCAAACCAACCAGGACAUCAGGGGAAGGAACGCCACCCUCACAGAGAAGAAGCGCCUGCUGGAUACUCAGAGGAACAACAACAAGGAAACUGAGAGGAAGAUAAGCGCCGCCACCCGACAGGCUGCGAGGCUGCGACAGCAUUUGAAGGAGCAGGAGAAUAACUGCAUCAGGCUGCAGGAUGAGCUGGACAGUUGCAAAGGUACACGGGACAGAGUGACCUCUGACGUGGCGUCUGUGACGGCCCGCAUAUCCAGAAUAAAGAAAGACAUCCAGGAUAACAAUAACAAACUGAAGGAGGCCAGGGCCUACAAUGUGGCGCUGGAGGAGAAGCUGGAAGCUGUGACUCAGACGGCCCUCAGCGAGGAGGAGAGAGCUGCACAGAUGGACCAGUUCCUCAAAGACGAAGAACUGACGAUCAAGGAGUUGGAUGUCCAGCUGCGUGACUGCAGGGACGAGCUUUUUCACCGUAAAGAGCGUUUGCAGGCCCUGAAGACAAAGGAGAAGGAUUCUGUCGCCCAGGUUUCGAGGAGUAAAGCCACCAUUACCAGCCUGGACAGCGAGCUCAGAAAACUGGAGCAGGAAUUGAUAAGACAGCAGAGGACCAUGAGCACACAGGACUACCAGAUUGUCUGCCUGGAUGCAAAACUGUCACAGCUGCAAGGUGACAUUCACUCAGAUGAAAAGAAAAUGCUGGACGUGAAGAUCGCUGAGCUGACUGAUGUCCUGGAGGAGAAGAAGAAGACGGCCAACACGCUGACCAGCACGCUCAGAGAGUCCGAGGAUGACAUUCGCUCUCUGAGGAAAGAGAUGGAGAAGUCAGAAGCUCAAAAGAGAGAUCUGACCAACAAGGUGGAGGAGCUCAUGCUGCUCCGCAACACCAAUGAAAAGGAGCUGAAGAGACUCAGGCUCAGGAAACAGGACAACCUGGUGGAGCACAACAUCAUGAAGGUAGAGGUGAAGCGUAUGAGGGAUCUGCUGUACAACAAGGCGGACAGCAUGCUGUCGUUGGAGAAGAGGAAGCUGGAGCUGCAGAAAGCCAUGAAGGAGAGGGAGGACGAGAUCAAGGUCUACAGAGAAAUGCUGAACCAGCAGCUGAAGAUCAGCGAGCAGGAGAGACAGAGACUCAGUGCUGAACUGAAUGACAAACUGUCAAAGAUCGAGUUGAUGAAGAAAAGCUUCGAGGUCUUGAUGCUUUCAAUGGCAGCUCCUGAGGGGGAGGAGGAGAAAUCGCAGGCUUACUACAUCACAAAGGCUGCACAAGAGAAAGAGGAGCUCAGGCGGAAGGGAGACAGUCUGGAUGCUAAAGUCCGCAAGACGGAGUUGGAAAAUCGAGCUCUGGAGAACACCGUUCAGCUGUUCGACAGCAGCAACUCAGCAUUCCGCAAAUCCCUCAACAAAGCGAGUGAAUCCAGUCCAGAGUAUCAGGAAAAAGUGAAGCUGGAGGAGCAGCUGAGGGCGGCUGAAGAGACACUGAAGUAUAAGAAAAGACAGAUCCAAGAGCUCCAACAGGACUUACAGGACAUGAAUGAUACCUCAGAGAGUCUGCUGCGAGAAGAGCAGGUGGAGAAAGAGAAGGUAGAGCACAAACAGUCGCUCAUCAGUAAACUGAAGAAAGAAAUCUCUUCCCAGCAAGAGAAGAUCGACAGAGCCACGAAGCAGAGCUCUAAGCUGACCAAAGAGAUCCGCUCAGCCAAAAACACCAAGACUGAGACGUUUGAGGAGAAAGACAUCAAGCUGAGGGAGCUGAAAGAAUUCAACAAGAGUGUGGACAAGAUGCUGAACGAGGCCACGGAGGACAAACCUGACCUCAGAUCAGUGCUGGAGAGAUACUUCCUGCAGGCCAAUCUGUGUCUUCCUUCUCCGUCGUCCACUCCGACCAGUAACCGCAGCUCCAAGACAAACUCUGCCCGCAGCUCCGCCUCUCUCAGGUCUCCUGCGUCCUCAGCCAGCAGCAGCCCCAGGGCCUCUGCGCUUCACUCCCCCGUCCUGAAGACUGUGGAACUGGGCUUGGACCUGACUGUGACCUCCCCUCCUCUCACCACCUCCAGACGUUCCAGCUGCGCGAGCAGCAGCAGCAGGAAGUUAAAGAACCCGUAGUGUGCUGCUCCUCCGUCUGAUGGAUGAUUUAUCAUCAUUCUUUAUUGACUGAAUUAAACUCCUCUGCUAACAGGACACAGAGGGUUACUCACACUCAGUUAUAGAAUAACUGUUUCCUCAUAUACAAUUCUGAACUGUGUUGUAGAGGCUCAGGAUAGUUGUGUGUGGUGUCCUUCUGUAUUUUGAUUGCUUUCAAAGUUAUUAAUAUUAUUCUUGAAUUUGUCACUUGAAGACUUUAUUUCUAUGAAGUUAGAAAGACUGAAGAAGACUUGACUAUCACAAAAAAGAGUGGCUGUGCCCACAAUGUGUAGAUCCGCACACUUUAGUUUCCCAGUUUUUUCUUGUAUUUCAAAAAAAGAAGCACAAUCCUUGUUAUUCUUGUUUUCCUGUUGU